AUGCUGUUAUCCGUCCAUAUCGUUGGCUUCUUGAUUCGAUUUGUCGAGCAUCUCACGUGUUUAAUAGUUGUAUCACCGUGCUCUCAGUUAGUGCUGGAUGGCCAAAAUCUGCGACAGCGACGCCCUUUUCCAGAUCUCUUCGUUCCUGCAAUAAACAUGAUUAUCAGGGAGUGCACUGGAACUGCUGCGCUCAAUAAAUAUAUCAUUUGUCGCCUUCCUUAUUCCCCAGCAUCUCCUAGCCAGUUAACGAUGCUAGGACUUCCUGAAGUAGAAAUUCCUUCAGAUUUUUCUCGGUUAACUGCACUUAUUCAUUCAAUUGAUGGUGUAUAUGACCAUCGAAUUCCACCUGACUGCAGCACCUUAGAUAAUUUCAGUCGUGCUGUUGAAGCUAUGAUAGCACUGAAGCACAGGGAUCCGAACUGGAUAGCACAGAGGCUGUGUGCUGAGGAUUCUAAUGUCGAGAGCAACGCUGAUCUAGCGGAGAUUCCUAAAGGAGAAGUCGUUAGGCUGAAAACUGACGACGAAAGGGAGAAAGCAGCAGAAAUGUUUGGUCUAUUGCCGCCGGAAGAAAAUGAGAUGGUGGGUGAUGAAUCGGAGUUCGCGUUAUUGCCCCCGGAUGAGGACUGA